GUCUCCACUCCAUCGGCAUCCGCAAGGGUGACGUCAUCAUGCUCGUCCUCCGCAACUGCCCCGAAUUCGCCCUCGCUUUCCUUGGCGCCUCCCGCUGCGGCGCCCCUGUCACGACCGCCAACCCCUUCUACACUCCCGCCGAGCUGGCCAAGCAAGCCACCGCCACCAAAACUAAGCUCAUCAUAACGCAAUCCGCGUACGUAGAGAAAUUCAAAGAGUACCUGGAAACUAACAACAACGACGUCAAGAUCAUGUGCAUUGAUGGUUCCCCUGAAGAAUCACAGGACACUAGUGUUCUGCACUUUUCCCUUCUCACAAAUUCCAAUGAAAACGACGAGCCUGAAGUUAACAUCACCACCGACGAUCUCGUGGCGAUCCCGUUCUCCUCCGGGACAUCGGGGCUGCCAAAGGGGGUGAUGUUAACGCACAGCAACCUGGUUACCACGGUGGCGCAACUUGUUGACGGCGAGAAUCCUCAUCAGUACACGCACAGCGAGGACGUUCUCCUCUGCGUGCUGCCAAUGUUUCACAUAUACGCACUGAACUCGAUCUUGUUAUGUGGCAUUCGAGCGGGUGCGGCGGUUCUGAUCGUGCAGAAGUUUGAGAUAACGACUCUGAUGGAGUUGAUAGAGAAGUACAGGGUGACGGUGGCGUCUCUGGUGCCGCCGAUAGUGUUGGCGGUGGUGAAGAGUGGGGAUACUCACAGGUAUGAUCUGUCUUCGAUUCGUGGGGUGAUAUCAGGUGCCGCUCCCAUGGGAAUGGAGCUUCAGGAAGCUGUCAAGGCUAGGCUUCCCCAUGCCAUUCUCGGACAGGGUUAUGGGAUGACAGAAGCGGGGCCACUUGCCAUAAGCUUAGCAUUUGCAAAGGAACCAUUCAACGUUAAAUCAGGUGCAUGCGGCUCCGUCGUUAGAAACGCUGAGAUGAAAAUCGUCGACACUGAAACUGGUACUUCCCUUCCACCAAACAAACCCGGUGAAAUUUGCAUUCGAGGCACUAAAGUCAUGAAAGGGUACCUGAAUGACCGAGAGGCGACGGAGAGAACCAUAGACAAAGAAGGAUGGUUACACACGGGUGACAUUGGUUACAUUGAUGAUGAUGAUGAGCUAUUCAUCGUUGAUCGCUUGAAGGAGCUUAUCAAAUACAAAGGAUACCAAGUGGCACCUGCUGAGCUGGAAUCUUUGUUGAUUGCCCACCCAAACAUCUCUGAUGCCGCUGUUGUACCGCUGAAAGAUGAAGUUGCUGGAGAAGUACCAGUUGCAUUUGUUGUGAGAUCAAAUGGUUCUAAUAUCACCGAGGAUGAAAUCAAGAAAUAUAUUUCUAAACAGGUGGUAUUUUACAAGAGAAUAAACAGAGUGUUCUUCACUGAAAGUAUUCCAAAAGCAGCGUCAGGAAAAAUUCUGAGGAAGGUAUUAACAGCAAGGCUUAACGAAGGUUUGGUGACCAAUUAGCUAGCUAUAUAUUGGUCUUGGUCAAACAAGGUCAACGUAACCACGUACAAAAGAGGCCGUCCUCCUAUUAAUUUCUUUUUGUUUGUAUGUUUGUAUUUUCAUGACAUCAUCAAUCACAUAAUCAAAUCUUGUAUUAUAAUCCAGUUAUAUAUAUAUGUAUGGUAUAAUGGUAAUUUCAUAGUUGCGCUAUCAUACAAGGACUACAACAACACAUGCAUAUGUCAAGACACCAAUUGCAGCUUCCAGCUUGUGCACAUGUAUGUAAUA